UGAACUAUAUGAAAUGCAUAACUCAAAUUUUAUAUGUAAGUACAUGUCUAGUAUGCACUGCAUGUUUCUAAAUAACAAAAAGCUACUAGAAAUCGUAAUCAUUGAAAUCAUUGUUAAAAGUGUUUUAAGAUUAAAAAAAUUGAGAGAAAAAUUUUUUUAAAUGGAGGAGCAAAAUAUUAAUCCGUAUAAUAUGGAUGGAACUGAUUUUGACUCAGAAAAAUAUUUAGAAAAAUUGUUAAAGGAAUGUAGUUUAAAAGAAAUAAUGGAUACAGAAGCACUUAUUGUAAAAGACACACAAACCUUACACAGCGAAAUGCAAACUUUAGUGUAUGAGAAUUAUAAUAAAUUUAUAUCUGCUACAGAUACAAUACGAAAAAUGAAAAAUGAUUUCAAAAAAAUGGAAGUGGAUAUGAAACUUUUAAAAGAAAAAAUGAACGCAAUAACAACUUUUAGUGGACAAAUUACAAAUACCCUUGAAGGGUCACGCAGUCAAUUGGUUAAGUUAUCCGAGAAACAUUCUUUGUUAAAACGUCUUCAAUUUUUGUCUUCCCUUCCGUCAAAACUUGAGAGUUUAAUAGAGAAUGGCAAAUAUGCUCAAGCUGUUCAAGAUUAUAAACAUGCUCAGAAGGUAUUCCAGCAAUAUGGGCAACAACCUUCGUUUCGAGGUAUACAAAAUGAAGGCGACAGUAUUAUGGAAAAUUUAAAACAAAAACUAAGGACAGACUUCCAGCGCGGUUCUUCAGCACAAUCACUGACAGAGACUGGGGAGAUUUUGUUACAGUUAAAUGAAAAUCCGUGUGAGCUUGCAUCGGAAAUGCUUCAAUGUGCGACGAAAAGAUUACAUGAACAAAUUAUAAUGCUGCAAGAUCAAACAGAUUUGGACAUGAUUGAAUUUGUGGACUUAGGAAUAGAAAGUUUUUUAAAUGAUAUGACUCUAGUUGUAACUGCCUUCUACGAUAUGUUUUUGAAUAAGGAUAUCGAAAAUGAAAGAGACGACUUUAAGGAAACAGCCAUGAAAGACUUAAAUUCAUUUAUGAACAAAAACAUAGAUAAAUACUUAUCCUUAGUUCAAGACAGGGUUGAGUCUGAAACUGAUUUUGGCAAUACAGAGCUUAUGCUUCGGGGCUUAGAUAGAUUGCAUAGACGGCUCUUAGCUAUGCGAAAUAUAGCAGGAUUUGGUGUUGAACUCAAUAGAUCUGCGAUUGAUAUAAUUGUGAGCGCUGCACAGCAUAUUUGUCAAUCCCAUUCUAAAACUUUAAAAGAUCACUUUACAGACAAUUUAAGCUCUGUGCGUUUAUCAUUAGUUUCAGCAAAAACUGAUAAUUGUGUUUCAAAUUUAAAUGAACUUAUAACGUCACUAUACAUUUCAACUAUUGAAAAAGUUAAGGGGGUAUUGCAAGAUUUGCAUAUAUUUUUGAAAACAAAUUGGUCAUUUAAUAUCAAGGCUGAUUUGAAAGGAAGUUUGUGUGUUGAAGGAAUAAGGGAAAAUUUAUUGAUAGAUUUUUUGAGGUACAUUUCGAAAACGAUGAACUCUUUUAGUGACUUAAAUUCAACUAGUCCUCCCAGUCUUCUCUUGGUUCUUUCGAAAACAUGUACAGAAAUGGAACAAAACGGAGUUCAUAUACUUAUAUCUUUGGUUGAUGAGCUUUAUGAUAUAGAUUCUGAGCUUAGCACAACAUUGUCGCAUGAAACCGAAGUAAUAGGAGAAAUGCGGGAAGUUGCCCAAAAUUUACUAGAUUCUUACGUGCGUGUUCAAGGAAUAAAUAUAUCGCAGAUGCUACGCAAAAGUAUUGAGACCCGUGAUUGGUUAAAUUGUCUCGAACCAAGAACAGUACGUGCUGUAAUGAAAAGAGUAGUGGAAGAACUAACUGCUAUUGAGAAUGUUGUUGCAAAUUUAUAUGAGUCUGGGAAUUUAGGAAUAUCAGCUCCAAGCAGUGAUUCUAGUAGAAAAACACAUUUUAGUAAUUUAACAAAUUCUAAACAGCAAUACCGUUCCAAUUGGUCUAAUUAUAGCUCUUCUCAAUUGGAUUCUAGCUAUGUUUCUAAUAUUCACAAAUUGUUUUCCGAACGAAUUGAAAUUUUUACUUCAGUAGAGUUUUCUAAAGUUUCAAUUAUAACUGGAAUCAUAAAAAUAAGUUUAAAAACAUUUUUGGAAUGUGUUCGAUUAAAAACUUUUAGUAAAUUUGGUCUACAACAAAUUCAGGUUGAUACACAUUUCUUACAAAUGAAUUUGUGGCGGUUUGUUUCUGAUGAAAAUUUAGUCAAUUUUUUACUGGAUGAAAUUCUUGGAUCUACGGUUUACCGUUGCUUAGAACCGGUUUUAAUGGAACCAAAUGCGGUUGAAAUAAUUUGCGAGCGUUAAAAUUGAGUUAAACUUAGUUAACGAAGUCGAAUAUAAUUAUUAGAUGUCUCGUAACCGGAUAUAUAUGAAUAUUUUUUGAGUCAGUUAGCAAACUCAUUGCAAUCAUUUUGCAAAACUUUUUUAAAAUUUUAAAGCUUUAUACAAUAAUAAUAUAUAUUCUUUAAUAAAUAAA